UGAAAGCUGUGAUCUGAUGUGUUGCUAUGGACGACGGAAGGUAAGGGAACGCGCCCUCAUCCAAUAUGGCCGUCUGUAGCUUGACAGCUCUUCUCGCCGCUAGAGGCCGCUGUGUUGUGUCCGCGCAGGCGCAGUGAGCCCCGCAUGGCACUGGUCGGCUUGUUUACAUGGGGUUAGGCCGCAGCCUCGGGCUGUAGUUCCCCGCACCGCCCUACAGUGACUCGUUCUGCCCGGGGAGGCUUGGCAUGGGGACGCGGUAAAGCUCGGUAGCCAUGUACUCCCCACAGCGCCGGGAUUUCAUGUCCGUCACCCUCAUCCAGCCUGAAGGCAGCGGCGGCUACAACAACGGCAAGAACCCGAGGAGGAGGUCGUGCUGGCGGAAGUGGAAGCAGCUGUCCAGGUUACAGCGCAGCCUCAUCCUCUCCCUGUGCACCCUGCUGGCCGUGUGCGGACUGGUGUCCUUCUCCAACCUGAGCGAGCACUGGAGGAGCCUGACCAGUCAGAUAGAAGGCAAUGAUGAGGGCCAGGACAUUCCAGGCUUCAAUCCCGCGCACCCAGCGGGGCUACCGGCCCCCAAACAAGCAGAAGACCCAGACCUCAAUUUACCAAAGCCGCCUCCACUGCCCCAGAAGCCUUGGAGACCAAAUAAGCGCGGACCCCCGAACCUACAACCAAAGCCCAGCAAGAGCCAAACGCUGGAAGACAAUGAGCAGCGUCCGGACGAGGCGGAAAACAACCAGCCGGUCAUCAGCUGGAGAGGAGCCAUGAUAGAACCCGUCCAGACAUCGGCCCCUUCUCCAAAUAAAGUCCCGGAGGCCACCAAGGCCCCUCCUAAGGACGCCCCCGAGCAGAAGGAACCAGUUCCCAUCAGCGAGCGGCAGGAGACCGUCAGGGAGGCUUUCCGUCACGCGUGGAAGGGAUACAAGGAGUUCGCCUGGGGUCACGACGAGCUGAAACCCAUUUCCAAAUCCUACAGCGAAUGGUUCGGACUCGGUCUCACCCUCAUAGACGCGCUGGACACCAUGUGGAUCCUGGGCCUCAAGGAAGAAUUUCGGGAGGCCAGGGAAUGGGUGGCCACCCAGCUGACAUUCGAUAAAAACGUGGACGUCAACCUGUUUGAGACCACCAUCCGGAUCCUGGGAGGACUGCUCAGCACCUACCACCUGACCCAGGACCCUUUGUUUCUGGAGAAGGCAAAAGACAUUGGCACCCGCCUGCUCCCCGCUUUUAACACCCCCUCCAAAGUGCCUUACUCUGACGUCAACAUCGGGAAGGGCACCGCACACCCCCCGCGCUGGACGUCUGACAGCACAGUGGCCGAAGUGACCAGCGUCCAGCUAGAGUUCAGAGAGUUGUCUAGACUGACGGGAGAUGAACAGUUUAAGAAAGUGGUGGAUCAGGUCACCCAACACGUCCACACCCUGCCCGGGAAGCGCGACGGCCUGGUGCCCAUGUUCAUUAAUACAAACAGCGGACAGUUCAGCCAUCUUGGCGUCUUCACCUUGGGUGCCAGAGCCGACAGCUACUAUGAGUAUCUGCUCAAGCAGUGGAUUCAGAGCGGCAAAAAAGAGGCCACCUUCCUGGAAGAUUACAUGCAGGCCAUUGAAGGCGUCAAGAAAAACCUGCUACGGAAAUCUGAGCCAAACAAACUGGCCUUUGUUGGAGAACUUUCUCAUGGUCACUUCAGCCCCAAAAUGGAUCACCUGGUCUGCUUCCUGCCGGGGGUGCUGGCUCUAGGGGCCCAUAACGGGAUCACCGGGGAUCACAUGGAGAUGGCUGCGGCCCUCAUGGAGACUUGUUACCAGAUGUACAAGCAGAUGGAGACCGGUCUGAGCCCCGAGAUCUCGCACUUCUUCCUGCACGCUGAGAAGGGGAGUAAGGACAUUGACGUCAAGCCUGCGGACAGACACAACCUCCUGCGGCCGGAGACUGUGGAGAGUCUGUUCUAUCUGUAUCGCUUCACCGGAGACAUCAAGUACCAGGACUGGGGCUGGGAGAUUCUGCAGAACUUCAACAAGUACACCAGGGUCCCUUCUGGCGGCUACACAUCCAUCAACAACGUGCAAAGUGCCGCCAACCCCAUGCCGCGAGAUAAGAUGGAGAGCUUCUUCCUGGGCGAGACCCUCAAAUACUUAUUUCUGCUUUUUUCGGAUGACGUGGAUCUGUUGAACCUGGACAAGUUUGUCUUUAACACGGAGGCGCACCCGCUCCCGGUCUGGACCUCCUAGCUGGUGAUGGCGUGACCUCUCGGCUUGGUCGGUCGUCCUCCCUGGCGGCUGUGGAAGGCCAUACGUCCACCAUGCUGAAUGGCACCAGAACUUCUCUACCAGAACCGAGCGCCCGCCUGUGACACUUUUCUCUGAGCGCCAUUUUGUAUUAUAACUCGGGCCUCCUAGGUUCUUGUAGGGGCUCGGUAUCUGCCGUCAGGGACAACCUAAAGGGUGAGGAGCAAAACUAGAAGCUGCCAAAACCCAACUCAGGACUUGGAAAUGUGGACCUUCUGAUAGUUGUCUCCGGGGCGGUGACCGCCAGGGGAGCAAACAGGUGACGAAGGCGACGUCUGGCGUCCAGUUGUUUUAUUCGAUCGAUCAUCGUUCUAAAUAGGUCCAAAACUCAUCCUAAUCCUCCUCAUACAGCCAUAAGCGUUGUCAAAGAUUAAAAAAAAUAUAUGGCUGCCAUCCAGAAACAGCGCCACACCUGUCCAUGGUUGAGUCUGGUAUUGCAACUCAUCGAAACGAAUGGGACUCGACUGCAAUACAGCACAACUAUUUUUGGAAAAAGGAUCUGUUUUUUUAGUGAUUUCUCCUUUUAUAAUAGACGGUGCCCUAUUAUAAAGUGGCGGCAGAUAUCCCAGGAUUCACCAUUGAGGAUAGGUGAUUGCACUGAGCAUGCCCACUAAAUUCUCCCAUGAGCUCGGGCAAGAUGGCUGCAGUCGGUAGUGACCACAGCAUCUUGGUGGUUAUAUUUCAGGUGGCGCCCCCUACCCUGUCAAAGUGCUGCUCUCUGGUGGUGGUUACAGGUACUGCAGGCUGGAAUUGCACUAAGUAAGUCGACUUCAAACUGUGGCCCUCCAGCUGUCGGCAUGCUGGGAGUUGUAGUUUUGCAACAGCUGGAGGGCCAAGGCACUAUGUAUACAAUAUACCACUUACACUGUAAACCAGUGGUCUCCA